UGCUGUUCACCCUACACCUCGCCGGAAGGAGAGAGAGCACUGGUCGCCCUCGCCAUCGAUACGCCUCCACCGGCCACCACUUCUAGGCCUAAACGGAUUUGUAGUUAUUAUGGAGUUUGUGAGCCCUGAAGGACUUCGCUUGGAUGGCCGCCGUCCCAUGGAGAUGAGGCAGAUACGAGGAGAGAUUGGUGCUGUGGCCAAGGCAGAUGGUUCUGCAUUUUUUGAGAUGGGCAACACCAAAGUAAUUGCUGCAGUGUAUGGCCCUAGAGAGGUUGAAAAUAGGAGCCAGCAAAUUAGUGACCAGGCACUGGUUCGUUGUGAGUAUACAAUGGCUAAUUUUAGCACUGGAGAUCGUAUGAGGAAACCAAAGGGUGACAGGCGAUCCACAGAGAUAUCUCUAGUUAUUCGCCAAACUAUGGAAGCAUGCAUAUUAACACACCUAAUGCCUCGUUCUCAGAUAGACAUUUUUGUUCAAGUUCUCCAAGCAGAUGGAGGAACAAGAUCUGCAUGCAUCAAUGCUGCAACUUUGGCCCUUGCUGAUGCUGGGAUUCCGAUGCGUGAUCUUGUUACUUCAUGUAGUGCUGGAUACCUUAACAGCACUCCACUACUUGAUCUGAACUAUGUUGAAGAUAGUGCUGGAGGUCCCGAUGUUACUGUAGGAAUUCUACCUAAGUUAGACAAAGUGACUCUUCUUCAGAUGGAUGCUAAGUUACCAAUGGAUAUUUUUGAAAAUGUCAUGCAACUUGCAAUAGAAGGCUGCAAGGCAAUAGCAAAUUACAUUCGAGAAGUAUUAUUAGAGAAUACCAAGCAACUGGAGUAUCGUCGAGGUCCAUAGCUUAAAAAUCAAUGUAUUUGAUGUAAAAGCCUGUGUUGCCUCCAUGGUCAUCUGCUCAGUGUUAAUUUUCAGUUCGUCUGAUCUUUACAUGGAAAUUUUCUUGGAUUCUGGAAUUGGCGGGCAUUGUUUGCUAAAAUCAGCUUGUACAAUGUCUCAAAACUUUUACUAGGGUCAUUGCAUAGUCCUCUUGUUUUCAUUUUGGGAUACUUUUCUGGUACUUUAACACUCAGACAACUGCAGUUUUGUAUUAUGCAAUAUCUUUGUGAAAAAAGGUAGUUGUGUUAAAAGAAAAUUGUUGACAUCUGAUA